UGUAUAUUGUAUAUAUUUCUCUGACAUUAAAUGAACCUUUGAAACCCUUGAAGUGGUUGAACAUUAGAUUUGUUAGAUACACAUACACCUGUAUCCAUAGAAAUAAUCCUAGGUAAUAAAAUUACCCAAUGGCUGGUUAUUUACCAGGUAGACAUUAGUGGAGCAGUCACUAUCAUAUUAGAUUGACCGCCGGCCUCUUGUUGUGCAGGUCUGUGAAGUUUCAUUACUCAAUGUCUCCACAUUGCAAGUAACAUAGGCUCAUCCAUAUUACAAUUUCCUACUGCUGAAUGGUCAUUUGUUAAGAUAAAUUUGGCAUACAAGCAGGCCUGAGAUUGUUGUUGCAUCAGAGUUCAGUGUGGGCAAUGUUUACCUUGGCAGAGGUUGGACCAUAACAGGCUCGUGUUUAAUGGCGUACCAACUCAUGUUUGGAAUGCAGCUGUAAAAGAUGAGUCUAUGUGCUGAGAUAUGCCAGCUGCAGAACACUAACCACAGUGCAGAUGCAUUGCCCCAACGUUAUGGAGUCCGAUCAUACCUACACCAGUUCUAUGAAGACUGCACUGCGACCAUCUGGGAGCAUGAUGACAGUUUUCAGAUUAAGAGAUCCCCAAGUAGAUGGAGCUCUAUCUUCUGGAAGGUUGGACUAACAGCUGGGAUAACCAUGCUUCUUAUAGGAUUGGUAGUAAUUGCAACUGGCUAUUUGGUGCCACCAAAAAUUGAAGCAUUUGGAGAGGAAGAGGAAGAUUUUCUGGUGGUGGAUGGGCAUGCAAUCCAAUUCAACAUGGCACUGGUUAUUUGUAAACUGGCAGGUGCUAUCCUCUUUUGCAUUGGAGGGAUGAUAAUGGCUGUCUGCCUCUUGAUGUCUGCCUUUGCCACAAGUUACUCCAAAGAGGAAAAAUACCUUCAGCAGAAAUUUAAAGAACGCAUAGCUGAAACCCAGACUUCAAGCAAACCCAUAACUAAAGCACCUGCUCCAGGUGAACGUAAAAUUCCCAUCACCUUAUCCAAAGUACACAAUGUGCAGCCUCCAUCGGAGACCUAAACUGUAAAUAGUAAACUGUAAAUUAGCUGUAUCAGAGCAGGUCUUUUUAAAUGUUUUACCAUAUUUUUAUAGCAGUUUAGAGACAGCUUAUGUAUCCAACUACUAAAAUUCAAAUUCAUGUCUUUAUUUAGUAAGUUAGUCGUGUGAAAUGUCUAAUGCAAGAUUCAGCCUCAUUUCAAUCUUAUGAGACAAUUUCUUGGAAGCUGUAACAUGCAGAUGACUUUGUUCCCAAAGUGCAAUUGCUUUUAUGUGUAUUUGAAAGAAAUUAAAGUAUUUGAG